CAAAAAUGGAUAUAUCACUAUCAUCAGAACCUCUGGAUGUUGCUUUCCACCCAUCCACAUCAGCAAACCUGUUGGCGACAGGAUUAAUCUCCGGAAAAGUUCAACUGUAUGAUUUCAAACGGGCAGAUGACUCGGAAAGCGACGAGGGAUCUCCAUCUAGCACUUUAAAGGGGAAAGACAAAGCUUAUGAUAGGUCAUGGUCCGUCAGACCUAGCAAUAAAAGUUGCAGAGGUGUAGCCUUUAGUACGGAGGGGGAUAGUUUGUACACUUUGGCCAAAGAUGGAUCGAUAUUUCGAUUAGACACAGAAACCGGAUCGGUAGUAUCGAAAUGGGACAAAGCACAUUCUUCAGCUCCCUCCCGUCUUUUGCCAAUCGAACAAAACCUGUUUGCAAGUGGUGACGACGAUGGUGUGAUUUCGCUUUGGGAUCCACGUAGACCGACGGACUCCAAUUCAGCUGUGCGUACUUAUACACAUCAUUUUGAUUGGAUCACAUCGAUGCUAUGGUGUACACAUCUUGCCCCGCCAAAAACACCGAAAUUGACCAAAGAGGAGCAAGAGAAGAAACGUUUGCGGGAGGAGAAGAAGAGGAAGCCACAGACACAGCGGGAGCGACUCGUUGUGACAAGCGGAGAUGGGACUCUAUCGGUGAUUGACGUAAGGGCGGGAAAAAGCGGUGUAGAAGUGAGCGAAGAUCAAGAGGAUGAAUUGCUAUCGAUCGCCUCUGUGAAGCAGAAUUCAAAGUUGGUUGUCGGGACUCAAUUGGGUAUUCUUUCACUUUGGGCUCCUACAAAAGGUCUUUUGGAUCAUGUAGAUCGUAUACCCGGUCAUCCUGCUAGUGUGGAUACGAUGUGCACUUUGGAUGAUGAUACAAUCUUGACCGGAUCUUCCGAUGGAUUGGUACGUGUUGUACAAAUAUUACCACACAAACUUUUGGGUAUCGUUGCUGAUCAUGGAGGAAUGCCGGUUGAGCGGAUCGCCAGAUGUGGAAAUUGGAUGGCUAGCAUUGGGCAUGGGGCUGAGAUCAAACUUACUGACUUGGCACCUCUUCUCGAGGAAGACGGGGACGAAGAUGAU